AUGAAGACAGAGAACCCCUGGCUCUCUUUGAACAGUUGUGCUUCCGACGGCGACCCUCUGCAGUCUACCUCCGGUGGACUACUUCCCCCUCUCCCUGAACCCCCUGACCCUCUCUCGUUUCCUCCACUACCUUCAUCCGGCUCCCCUUUUAAAACUACCCUUCCAUCUCUUUCUCCUUCAACCACUACUGUGUUGGUUCCUCCAAUUACUUCCUCUGUUUCUCUUCUUGUGCCUUCUUCCACCCUUAUCUCACCUCCCUCUGAUACUACUAUGGUAAAUGCUGAAGAUCCCCCCCUCCAUUUACCUAUUACUGAAGAUCCUAUUUCUGGAUCUGAAACUGUUACUGUUCAUUUUCCCCAAAAUGAAAACCUAAUUAUUCUUCCCUCAAAAGGUACUUCUCCCCUCACUACAAACUCUGCCUCCGCCUCUUUUUCACUGCCCCCCCAACCCAAGCCAGCGUCAGAUCCUCCCAUUAAAACCCCUUCCAAAACCAAACCUAAACCAGCUCCAAUUCCUUCCCACCACACCACCAAACCCUCUGUCCCUAAACCAAACUCUUCCAAGCCCCCUCAAACCUAUGCUCAGAAAACUAGGCUCCUGGCUGAUAGGUCUCUUCAGCGCCUUGCUCCAACUACCGUCUCCCCUGAUGGGAAACCUCGUGUUCUAGUUCCCGAUGCAGUCUUUGAGAGAGGGGCUGCACUCCACAAAUAG